UUGGGAGGAGUUCUGUUUGGUUCAGCAGAGGAGGUGAUCGACGUGGGGACUUCGGUUCAGGCCGCUGACGCGAGGAGAGAACCUUUCCUGCCAGAGGAGAAUGCCUCGGUCGCCGGCUCGAGGAAGCGUUCCAAACCUCACAGGAAUCACCAGCUACAAGAGGAGACGAUCGCUUCGGGGAUAAGCUCGAAGAUUCUCAAAGAAGCUUUGAUUCAGCAGAGGGAGAUUUAA